GAAAGUCGUUUCUCGAGGUCACAUGGUGGGUCUGCGCAGCCGCCUGCUCGCCAGCUGAGCUUCUGUUCAAUGUUCGGCGUACGCUCGAACGGUGCGGUGGUGUGGGUGCCGUGUCGUUGCCUGUAUCCCGACAAUGGUGGUGGUGGUGUGACGCUUCGCUGAUGCCCGCUUCUUCGUGCGGAUAGUCUCACACAUUCGCAGUGUUCGCUGACAAGCCGCCGCCGCUUCUUUGGCAAGAAUGAACGCGACCGACCACGGUUCCUCGAGAGCGGGAGAGACAAGCAAAUGAAACGAAAAAUGAGCGUAAUAAACCUUGGUUGGUUUGGCGUUUGGUGUGGGGAAGGGGGAAUGACGGAAAUAAAAGAAUUAAAACACGAAAAGGAACUGAAUGGCGCAGCCCCUCUCAAUUCUUCCUGGAAAUCACUACUGCAGCAAGAAACAAGGCAUCGGCCCUUGUAGCCAUCUCUGGGGUCACGCGGUGUUUUUCCACGGGCCCUCCUCCUUCCACUGUGGCGGCGUCAAGCGGUCUGCUGCGUAGGCGUCCCCCACGGCAACCCGCAAAGAAAAGGGAGUGAUGGUGGUGCACAUGGCCAGUGGGGGCCGUGAGGACACAGAAGCGGUGCUGCUGCCAUUCACUCACCAGGUGGGAGGCCACAGCCGCAUGCUCCUGCUGGACCCUGGCACCCUUUGCAAGCCGCUCAUCCCGAGGGAGCUGCACUUCUAUCUGCACGUGCCGCGCGAGAUGCGACCCUUCGUUCCCGCCUACAAGGGCGUCAUUCAGGUUCACCACGGGCAUGCCAGCGAGGAUGAGGAUGAUGAGGACGACGAGUCAUGGUGCCCGAGAAAGACCUCUGGAAGUGAAGCCUCGCAGUUUAGGGUGCAAAUCUGCAGCUGCAACGAGGAACGCCUGCUGCUGCGUGAAGCUUCGUCUUGGAGUGGAAGUCAAUACCUGCUGCUGUUGGAGAACGUGGUGUCGCACUUUCGUCGGCCGUGCAUUCUGGACUUGAAGAUGGGCACGCGGCAGCACGGGGACGACGCCUCCGAGGAGAAGCGCCAUCGCCAGAUGGCCAAGUGCGCCGCUAGCACCUCUGCUUCGUUAGGUGUCCGCAUCUGCGGCAUGCAGGUGUACCAGUCGGGCAGCUUCGUGUGCCGGGACAAGUACUACGGCCGGCGGCUGGACGACCGGGGCCUGCGCCACUGUCUGCGGCAGUUCUUCCACGAUGGCUACCGACUGCGUGCCGACCUGGUGGCGCUAGUCACACAGCGAUUGCAAUCGCUGCGUCGGGCCGUUGAGCGCCAGAACUCCUUCCGCUUCUAUUCAUCCUCGCUGCUCGUCAUCUACGAGGGCACUUCUCCGACGUCUUCGCACGAAGACGUGAGGCCUCCUAGCAGCACGGCAGGGACUUCCGUGGAGUCGGAAGAGGACGACACGCCGUCUCCGCCGCGUGUGGACGUGCGGAUGAUUGACUUUGCGCACACGACACACGAGGGCUACGAGGGUGACACCACGCGACACUGUGGGCCAGAUGCGGGUUAUCUGCUUGGACUGGACAAUCUGGUGCGGUUGCUGAGCGAGGUGCAGGUAUCGGCUGUUGACAAGUAGAUCGGACACUCGUUUGUUGUGCCACUUCGACGCUCGCUUGCCCUUUGCAAAAUGUGGCAGCGUUGCCAUACCAGUGACUGACUGCAUUUCUAAAUGCCACGAGAGUGAGCGAGAGAUAGAAUUUCUGUAUAUAUACGCAUAUAUAUAUAACAGCCCUGCCAGUUGCCGGCGAGGGGCCUUACCUCACUGCCAGCUUUCACGUCUUUGACUGUGGACAGGCUGGGUGAAGACAUUGCUGAUGGUACAAUGCAUUGCAAACUGUAUCUUUUUUUGUACACCUACACUGCUGUGCAUAACAGAUACAGUGGUGUUGGCACUGCUUUUGUGGCUGUCGUCUCGUGGGUUCAUUACAAUGUUGACAAUGGGCAUCUUUGCCUCAGUGAUGCAGAUUUAGUUUCUCUUUCUAUUUAAAAAAUUUUUUUUCUGUGCCUAAUUGACAGAACUGGUCAGAACCUGCAAUCAUUACUUGAUGAAAUGAAGGCAGCUGAAGAGUUUCUUCUUACACGAACACUGCCCAAAUCCCUCAUCUGUAUCAUACCAGACCUUCUGUGUUGGCUUUACAACUUCAGUCGUCACCUGUGAUGUAAACAGCCACCUUUGUUUUGCAUUCUAGUGGUUUUCUCGUGGGUCAUGCAGCAUGGACACUGGUAGCACUGUGGCCGAAGUUGAGGUCGCCUUGUUUCGCUCUUGGUUUAGUGGUCUAACCAGAAGCAUUGUGGGUUUCCAGCCUAGCGACAAGACCCGGUCGCUAAGCUGGAACUCCACACCUGGUUGUAGCUCUGACGCAAAAAACAAGAUGUUGCAGUUAAUGCAUGCUUUAUAUAAUAUACGGCACUCUGAAAUUGGACAACACUGUUGUCUGAAAUUGUGAAAUGCUCUUUAAGGGGGAAGUUUAAAAAGUUGUGGCUAUGCCAUCCAAGUGGGUUCUUGUUGGCUGCUCGUGUCCAACAUUCAGCUCGGAUGUGCAUGGAACUCAGAAGCGUGGCAGUUUGGGCUAGUUGGUAUGGCAUGAAGAUUGUCAUAGUGCGAGCUCAGAACGACAACAAAGGGACAAGAAGACGGACAAAAUGAUGAUGAAAGAAACAAAUACCAUGCUCUCAUAUUUUGUCUUCUUGUUCCUUUGUCAUCAUUCUGAUUUCCCACUAUAACAAUUGUCAUGUGUAUGGAGUCUUUUCUAGGAAAUUUUCGGCUGUUGACAAUUGUGUAGAGUGGGUUUCCUUAAGCAUUAACAGCAGUUUUUAAGCGGCAUGAGAACAUAUUCAUUUCUUUUUACUAUUAUUCUGUCCUUGUUGCAUGAAAAAAAGAGAGGGGCCUGCAAUAAGCAGUAUCCAUUUAUAGCACAACGAAAUUUCACCGACGAAUCAAAGAUUGUGCAUUGGCGCAGUGCCCUGUUGAUUUGGCGUGUGCUUUUUAUGUGGCCUUGCGGAUCUGGGCAUACUGCGUACUGCUGUUCUCCACUCCGUGAAUGUUGUAUACAUUGGUAUCCAUUUGUUGUUUCACCGAGACUUUAUGCUUGGGAGGUCAUUAUUUUGGCUCUGUUUGUUUGCUUGCUCGAAGAUCAGAAAGCUUAACAUGGCACACUCGCACGGCAAGGAAUUUGUUGGCUUGUUGUUAGCACUGCUGUAAUAUUGAAGCGCAUCGAAGAAACUCGCUACGCGUUUGUCUUUAAGACUGUAUGCAGUGUUACUCUGUAGAAUGUGCACGAGGUCAUACAUGUACAAGAAGUGGGCUUAAUUUUUUUUUUGUUGCGAAGUAGGCAAAUAAAUACGUCACAUUACAGCAUCCAUUUCGCUGUAUCACUGGUUUGAACAAAAGUUACAUUGGCAAUGCACUUUUCCUCUAAUUGGCUCCUACAAUGCACAGUUUUACCGGUCAGUUGCACAACGUCCAAUUUUUGCAUUUUAGGGAUGGGGUGCAAGCGAGCAAGGCUAUUGUAUCUUGCCAAACAGUGUUGCCACCGGGACAUGCCUCAGCAUAGUUUCUAGUGAGCAUUUUGUACCUUUGUUCACAGUGUACCAUUGCUCGCUGUUUUGGUAGCAAUGCAAAUAUAACCCCCUUAAUAACAAAGAUAAGUGAAGCUAUGUUCUGUAACUCGGUGUGCCAAAAACAUGUUCCAAGUUGUCAUUAAAAAUGUCUGUGACUGCUGUUUAACAAAUUAUUCAACAAGUUCAACAAACAAGUUCAUGUCAUAGUGUUGCACGAAUUCAGCUACACAAUAGUGUGGCUUAUCUUGAGACCAAAGCCCAAACUUAGGUCUUGCAACUUCAUUGUGUAUUGCUUUACGUGAUGGUUGUGUGGAUAGCACAGAUUUGACUUAGGGAAUAGACCUUAGGGUAUCUGCAAGGGAGAGUUGGUGUUUGCUGAACAUCGUAGUAGCACAACAUUCGAAAAUGAAAGGAGACAGAACAAACAGUAUUUUUUUCCUUCCCUUCUGUUUCCUUCUGUUCUCGAUUUUUGCACUACUCCAAAAUGUUUCUCUUCUUUUCUUCUUGUAUUGAAUCGCCGCUGUGCAAACGACAUUGUUUAGUAAAGUUGUCGCAAUGCGGAGGCGUCCUGCUUUUUGCGCAAGAUUUCGUUAUCGUGGUAAACCGGAUGCAAAGCUUAAUUUCGAUUAAUAAAAUAGCAGUCGGAGAAAUGCAGAGUUGGAAAAAGCGAUGGAAUGCAAGCACCCAUUUGGUUUAUGGAUUAUCCCCGGUGUUCAACCAAUGCUGGUUUUUCAGCUGAUGAGUGUCAGCUAUGUAAAACUUUCAUUGUCAAUAUUCUUGUUGUGAGGCUCGUGAAUUUUCUCUGCCUCCUGCUAUUCAGCCAAGUUGUGCUCGGUUAUCUGUCACAUGUGCAAAACUAAAUGCCAUGGCAGCUUUACAAGAUAUGUUUGCAUGUGCUGAAGAAAAUCACAGAAGGACUUUACGUUAUAUCCCGAGGACAAAGGUGUUUCACGUUUGAUGUGUAUGUUGUAUAUUUAUGGACCUAUCUGAUCUUCAUUUAGGGCUUCCACUGUGUGGAAACAUUUUUUCGUGGUUGUCAACUGUUGGUUAGAUGUGGAGUUGAGAAACUAUUUUUUUGGUGCAAGUUUUCGAUGCUGCUCGUGAUCUAUUAACGUCGCUUACCUUUGUUUUCUGCUGGACUUGUUGUGGUGUUUCUUCCGAUGUGUGUCUUGUGUUUCGAUGCUGCAAAUUUUGUGCGUUCUUUUAUAUUGGGUGUUGUCAAUAGUGGCGUUGUGGUGGAGUGUGCAAGCAUUGUGGCCUCGACCGAGCAAUAGCGCAUCGCAAGAUUCUCGUCUCAACAGCGGUCAACUGCCUGAACUAAUGAAUGCCGCUCCUCCUCUGGACUGCGUGCUGCGUUGUGCCACUGGCCUCACGGCUGUGUGAUCAGGAAGUUGCGAAAAAGUGAUGAGCCGAACACUAUGCAUUACUCACGUUGUGGUUGUUGUAUCUCAUUAUAUAGUUUUAAACUAAAUUUGGGAAGACCUCCGAA